AUGCGCCCCCGCCUCCAGGCGCUCCAGCCGCGGCUCCGGCGCACGUGGAAGUCGAGUUUCUCCACCGCGAGGCCGCAGCUGCCGCACACAAAGAAGGACCAGAGCGACGUGUGGCCGCCGGUCGGCCCGUGCGCCUGCCCCAGCGAAUUAAAGGAGAAGUGCCGAGGCUCUCCCGCAGGAAGCCGCGCGUUCCGAGGAAGAGGAGGAGGAGGACGCGGAGCGGGUCCGGCAGCCCGAGCGGGGGCUCCCCGACGCCCCUGGGGCCUCGGCGGUCGUCGCCGCCACCUGCGCGGGGAGCGGCGGGCGCGCGGCCAAGGCCGGGGCCGUGCUCGUGCUCGUGCUCGUGCUCGGCGGCCCCGGGACCGCGGGCGCAGGAAGCGCGGCAGGAGCCCUCGGCCGCGGGGGGCGCCGGCACGUCCCGCAGCCCCAGCGCCGCGGCCCCGCCCCGCCGCGCAGGCCAGGGUCUGCGGCGCCACGCGGGCCACGGGGAGACCGAGGCGCUGGGGCCGCGCGGCCGGCAGGCAGCCCUCCUCCGGGGCGACGCGGGUGAGCGAGUGCGCAGGCGGCGGCGGGCCGAGGAGGACCCCAGCCUCCGGAGGUCCGCGCUGCGAGCGAGGCGCCGAGCCCAGACGCGAGCACGGCCGGGGCGUCCCGCGCGUCCUGCACCAGCAGAGCCGCGUCCAGGCGGGCAGCGCGGCGCCGGCGGUCGGCGCUUCAGCCGUGGACCGCGGCUCCGGGCGGCUGCGGCAGCCCGGCGCCCUCGCCACCCCCCCCCCGCCCGGCCCUCCGCGUCCGCAUCGCCGCGUGCGUGGAGCUGCGGGCCCGGGCCGCCGAGGCCCCCGGGGGCGCGCAGGGAGCUCCGUCCCGCCGCGGCCCGACGGCAGCCGGAGCCCUAGUGUCGGGGAGACGCGCGGCCGCCCAGCUCGCGGCCCCCCCGCGGAGCCCCCCCGCGGAGCCCCCCCGCGCCCCGCCCUCCGGCCCGGGUGGGUGCAGCCGGCCGGCGCCCGCGCUCCCUCCGCGCGGCCCAAGGAGGAGUGGAGGCGAGGACCGCUGCGAACCCCGUCGCCGCCGCCGCCGCGGGCUCCCGAAGCGCAAAGCGAGCAGGACGCCCUUCCCCGCCCUCCCCGUGCUCCCGCUCCGGCUCCCGCUCCCGCUCCGGCUCCCCCUCCCGCUCCGCCCUCCGCGUCUAGGCCCGCGGGGUCCCGGCGAGGAAGCCCGGCCGCGCCUCUCGCCCUCGUCCUGAGACGGCGCUGGCGGGGGCGGCGGGAGCGGAGAAACCCCUGCGCGGGCGGCCCGGCGCUCCCGGGGGCGCGGAACCAGGGCCCGGCCGCUGGCGAGGCGCAGGGCCUCGUGCCGCACACCAGAGGCCGGGCCUGGGCGCAGGCUGCGGGGCGUGUGUUUAAUGUUCUGAUUCGGAGCCGGCUGUGUCCCAGGCCCGAAGAAUAA